AUCUUUGGGCAUGCGCAUUGUCCCCAGUGUGUUGCUAGAGCGGAAGUGGCACUGCGCACGCGGCUAAAGCCCCCCAUAUCGUCUCACGGCUAUACAUGAUCACACAGAACAGUUUUAGCUGCUGAAGAUGAAGAUUUCGUCCAUCACUAUUGAAGUUCUACCAAUUUUCGUUAUGCUGAGUGUUGGUCUCGCAGCACAGCGAACGUGCCGGAGACGGGCACCUCCAUUUACUGACUGUUCAUCCACGACCGGAGAAUGUAACUUUAUGUUUGAUACCAAUAACCUACCACGGGCGCUUCCAAUCCCACCUCCGAACACUCGCACCUGCUACCGAACCUGCCAUGACACGAAUGGUCAGUGCAGGUCUGUUCCUACAGUAAUAAACGAGCAGAAGCUGCAAAUCGACAGUGCUGAUCCAAAUUAUAAAGUCUUCAGGAUAUUUUCACCUAACUACGACAGAGGGAGCUACCGAAAAAGCACUAUCUGCAGGUACCGAGUCCAGUGCAGUCCGGGACAGAUCAUUAGUUACAGUGUUCUCGACUUUGAUCUGGAGGGAAGCAGUACUUGUUCCAGUGGAACUGAGUGUCUGGACUAUGUAGAGAUCAACUACCAGAACCUUGCCACGAGACAGAGGUUUUGUGGUGGCGGUGAAACGGGUGAAGUACAGAUUGAGGGUUCCAAUGAGUUAACAUUUGAGUUUGUUAGCAAUCGUCAAACAGAGAAGCGUGGCUUCAAAUUCUUUGUGAAUUGCAUUGAUCCUUCAACUGAUGUCAAUGGCCUUAGAGUAGGGGCAGUGGUACCGGCAUUUGAACCAUCUUCUAACAGAAUAGGAAACUUCAGAAUAGGAAACUUUGACAUCAAUCCAUGCUCAGAGCCACCAAACAUGGCUCCAAGACCACUUAUUUUUGAGACACCAUCUUCAUUUGUACCAUCAACGUUGGUCAGAAGAUACGUAGUCCAAUUGUUUGGGUUUAUCUACUACAACAGUGGCUCUAUUCGGGUGCAUAAUGCCCAGGGAGAACUUAUCAACACCAUCAGGGGAAUCUUGCGUCUUGAAGUUACUAAUCGCUUUGAAACUACUGUUCGUCGUUACAGUUCCAUCUCAGGAGGAGUUACAUUUAAUGGAUAUGGUAUACUGGAAGUAGAUGGUGAGAAUGCAAACUUCAAUCAACAAGGAGUAGAUCCUGUGUUUCAACCUACACGCGAAGAAAGUUCCUCUAUUAUUGAGUUGGAGAGGACAAUCAACAGGAUAAUAGGGAACGAUUUCUUUGACGUAGUGGACCAGUAUGAUGAACCUUCAGGGAUCCUAGACAUUCUGCCUUUUCCAGACCAGAUAAUACUUCAAGAGCCUAGUCGUCUCCCUCCGGGCAGAUUAAUCCCACGACAAGCUGCCUUCCGUCCACUGAAUAUCCCAACCACAACAACAGAGCUGGCAGCUCAGUAUGGCAAUGCCUGCAAUGCAGUUCUACGCUCCACAGCCUGUGCCUACCAGGCUCUUUUGCUAGGCAUCGACUGCAACACUGGACUUGCCAUAAACUAGGGUGUCAUUUUGUUAGAUCCUAGCUACCACUGAUAGUGUGAAUCAUUAUUGCAAAAAAGAGACAAAACUUCAGUAUUGGGUGGCAUCAAAAGCAAUAACUUAUGUGUUAAUGAACAAAUGGCACAUUACUAUGCAAAACUCACCUGUUAUAAGUGAUCGUAUGUACAGUGUAAACAUCAAC